UGGACGCCAUCGAGCUGCGGGGUGGUCUGAGUGUGGUCAAAGUACUGCUGCUACCUCUUGCCGAGCCGACCGCCUGAGCUUAACGCUCGACACUAACUGAUAAAACACUCAACAAAAUCACCGCAUCUCACAGCUGGGCACGGUAGAACGCAAAGAUGCCGACCCCCAAGGUCCGCCAGACGCCCCAGUCGCGGGUCGAAAAGAUCUUCCGCGAGCAGGGGUUCGGCUUGGUGCUGGGUCUGUUUGCGGUCGUCCUCGCGUUCGUCUUUGUCCCUGUGUUCGUCGUCGACGAUUUGCUCUACGUCCACACGGUGGCGCCGGAAGUCGAGGGGCGGGGCCACGCGGCGCGGCCGCCGGCGCAUUUAAAGCAUGUGCACGUGCACCCGCACAACCACACGAAUGCUUCUGUCACGUCGGUGCCUCCGAAGCCGGCCGAGUGGGCGGCGCACCUGGCCAACGUCACCGCGCACCACCGGCACCCUCAUGUCGAAUCGCUGCCCGCGGAGCCGGCGCCCGAGCCUGAGCCCGCGCCAAGGCCGGCGCCAGAGCCUGAGCCCGUACCGGCGCCGGAGCCCGUACCGGCGCCCGCGCCCGAGCCUGAGCCCGUGCCGGCUCCAGAGCCGGUGCCAGCGCCGAGGCCGGCGCCAGAGCCGGCGCCGGCGCCAGAGCCCGCGCCGGAGCCCGUACCGGCGCCUGCGCCCGAGCCAGAGCCCGUACCGGCGCCUGCGCCCGAGCCUGAGCCCGCGCCGGCGACGGAGCCGGCGCCAGAGCCCGCGCCGGAGCCCGCGCCGGCGCCGCCGCCCGAGCCCGCGGGCGAGACCCUCGAGCUCGUGGAGCCCGCGGCCGAGGCGCCGGCCGCCGAGGCGCCGGCCGCGCCCGUGGACAUCUCGAGCGUGCCCGAGCCCGCCGCGGAGGUGUCCAAGGCCGCGGCCGAGGAGGCCGAGGCCGCGGAGGCGCCCGCCGCCGACAUCUCGAGCACGGACUCGAAGGCCGAGUCGAAGCCGGCCGCCGAGAAGGCGGAGGCGCCGCCCGCGGCCGACAUCCAGAGCUCCGACGCGGCGCCGGCCGCGGAGAAGGAGGCCGAGGCCGAGAAGCCGCUCGACAUCCAGAGCAGCGGCCGGCGGCGGCGGUUGCGCGGCGGCGCGUAA